GUCUGAGGACGGAGAGGAGGAGAGUGAGUGAGUGAGAGAGAGAGAGAGAUGGCGGCGAUGCUGUGGUGCGGCGCGAUGACACGACGGAUCAUGAUGACGCAGCGGACAUCUGCGGCAUUGACUUGUACGGCGAAGUAUUCUUCUUUAUCUCCGGCGUCUGCAGCUCCGGCGGCAUCUGAAAUGGAUUUGUGCGGGAGAGGAGAUAAGAAGACGAAGAAAGGGAAAAGAUUCAAAGGAUCGUACGGGAAUUCGAGAGGGAAGAAGCAGAAGAUGAUUGAGCGAAUCAAAGACAAGCUCGAGGUUCCCAGGUCUACUCCUUGGCCUCUCCCUUUCAAGCUCAUCUGAAUCUUUUCUCUUGUUAGGGUUUUUUUAUUUUUUUCUUUCUUGUUUGCCAACAAAAAUGUCGCCUUUAAUGGUGUUUUUAAAAAUUUAAAACUGUUUGUAUACUUCUCAAUCAUGAAUCAAUGAGUAUAAACUCGUCUCUGUUUUUUUCUGUUUCAA